CUGGGCUAAAUACGCAUUUCAAAGAACAUGUAGGAGGGGGAAGGAGAAAGCCCCAGUCGCGCCUCGGAGAGGAGCUGCUUCUGCUGUCUCCAGGCUUGCGGACAUGGAUGACACCUCGGCUUCAGCGGGGUACGCCCACCCCCACAUGGAGAGAAAGAUGAGCGCCAUGGCUUGCACAGUCUUCAACGAGCUUCGACUGGAAGGGAAACUCUGUGACGUGGUCAUCAAAGUCAAUGGGUUAGAGUUCAAUGCCCACAAGAACAUCCUGUGUAGCUGCAGUUCCUACUUUAGGGCUUUGUUUACCAGUGGCUGGAACAACACGGAGAAGAGAGUGUAUAAUAUCCCUGGCAUUUCCCCGGACAUGAUGAAGCUAAUUAUUGAGUAUGCCUAUACUAGGACAGUCCCAGUCACGGCUGACAACGUGGAGCGGCUGCUGGCUGCAGCAGACCAGUUCAACAUAAUGGGCAUUGUCAGGGGGUGCUGCGAGUUCUUAAAGUCUCAGCUGUGCUUGGAAAACUGCAUUGGCAUCUGCAAGUUCACAGAGUACUACCACUGCCCGGACCUGCGGCAGACGGCCUACAUGUUCAUCCUGCAUAACUUCGAGGAAAUGGUAAAGGUGUCUACGGAGUUUCUCGAGCUCUCGGUCAAUGAGUUUAAAGACAUCAUUGAAAAGGACGAACUCAACGUGAAACAAGAAGAUGCAGUGUUCGAGGCCAUUCUCAAAUGGAUUUCCCAUGAGCCCCAAACCAGGAAACAGUACAUUUCAGUCCUGCUGCCUAAGGUUCGACUAGCUCUGAUGCAUGCUGAGUAUUUUAUGAACAACGUUAAGAUGCACGACUAUGUAAAGGACAGUGAGGAAUGCAAGCCUGUCAUCAUAAAUGCACUGAAAGCCAUGUAUGAUCUCAACAUGAACGGCCCCUCAAGUUCCGAUUUCACCAACCCGCUCACGAGGCCUCGCCUGCCCUAUGCAAUUUUGUUUGCUAUUGGUGGAUGGAGUGGGGGUAGCCCGACCAAUGCUAUUGAAACGUACGACGCCCGGGCAGACAGAUGGGUGAAUGUCACGUGUCAGCAGGAAAGCCCCCGGGCUUACCACGGUGCUGCCUAUUUAAAAGGUUACGUCUAUAUCAUUGGAGGAUUCGACAGCGUGGACUAUUUUAAUAGCGUCAAACGGUUUGACCCACUUAAGAAAACAUGGCACCAGGUUGCUCCCAUGCACUCGAGACGCUGCUACGUGAGCGUCACCGUUCUUAACCACUUCAUCUACGCCAUGGGAGGAUUCGAUGGCUACGUGCGGCUCAACACAGCAGAACGGUACGAGCCAGAGACAAACCAGUGGACGCUGAUUGCACCCAUGCACGAACAGAGAAGCGACGCGAGUGCCACCACGCUGUACGGAAAGGUCUAUAUAUGUGGUGGGUUCAAUGGAAAUGAAUGCCUAUUCACAGCUGAAGCAUAUGAUGCUAAGACAAACCAGUGGACACUAAUUGCACCAAUGAGAAGCAGAAGAAGUGGAAUAGGAGUAAUAGCUUACGGAGAACACGUCUAUGCGGUAGGAGGCUUUGACGGCGCCAACCGUCUUCGGAGUGCAGAAGCCUACAAUCCAGUUGCCAACACCUGGCGUACAAUCCCAACCAUGUUUAAUCCCCGUAGUAAUUUUGGCAUUGAAGUGGUGGAUGACCUUCUGUUUGUGGUGGGUGGCUUUAAUGGUUUCACUACCACAUUCAAUGUUGAAUGUUAUGAUGAAAAGACUGAUGAGUGGUAUGAUGCCCAUGACAUGAGCAUAUACCGUAGUGCUUUGAGCUGCUGUGUGGUGCCAGGACUAGCCAAUGUUGGGGAGUAUGCUGCCAGACGAGACAACUUUAUAGGAUUAUCACAGCGAGAUGAAGUCAAAUACUCCUCUUCGACAAGUACCCUACCUGUAUGAAUAGCUCCACUUAGCUAAUAAAGUCUUCUAAGCAAGAA